CGCGUUCAGUCCAUUACAGUGUUACCUGUGUGGUGAAGUGCAAGCGCAUAGUUUAAUCAUGAGUAUGCCCGAUGUUGUUGAUGUUAGAAAUGAAAUCAACAAAGAGCAUUCCGUCGACGACUGUGGCAACGAUCAACUAUCAUCGCAUGACGUAAACGAUGCGAUCGGUUCGCGAAAGGGCCACGAGCCGUUCGAGCGCAUCCGGGCGCGAAUGCCCGUGGACCGAUUUGCUUCCGAGUACAAUAUGGGCCACAAACGCCGCGGCUUGGCGUUGAUUUUCAACCAUGAAAAUUUCGACGUCCCGCAGCUAAGAGCGCGCGCGGGUACGAAUGUGGACUGCGAAAAUCUGGCCGCUACCCUGAAGAGCCUAGACUUCGAGGUGUACGUGUACAAGGAUCUGAAGCUACGCGACCUCCAGAAGGAAAUCGAGCGAGUUGCCUUGAUGGACCACACCGACGCCGACUGCGUACUGGUGACGAUUCUCUCACACGGCGAGCUCGGCUAUCUGUACGCUAAGGACUGCCAGUACAAGCUUGACGUGAUUUGGUCAUACUUCACGGCAAACCACUGUCCUACUUUGGCCGGCAAGCCAAAGCUCUUCUUUAUACAGGCGUGCCAGGGCGACCAGCUGGACGGUGGCAUCGUGCUAAUGCCGAAGGAUCGCACGGAGACGGACAGUUCGGCAUCGAUGACGUUCAAGAUUCCGACGCACGCUGACUUCCUCAUCGCGUACUCGACCAUACCGGGCUUCUACUCGUGGCGCAACACCCAGAAGGGCUCGUGGUUUAUGCAGUCGCUCUGCCAGGAGCUGAACCAGCACGGUCGGAAGUACGACCUGUUGACGCUGCUCACGUUCGUGACCCAGCGCGUCGCUUACGAUUUCGAAUCCAACACGCCCGACAUUCCGCUCAUGCACCAACAGAAGCAGAUCCCUUGCACCACUACGAUGCUGACCCGUUUGUUGCGCUUUGGUGAGAAGAAACCCUUUUGAGGCGGUUGCCGAACAGAUGGCGGAUACAUUUUGAUCGCCUUGAUGAUCUAAACAUUCUACUAUUUUGCCCAUCUGCGGGGCGCUUUACUUACAAUUUCACGUUCAAUUCUUAUUUUAAAUGAUGUGCGUAUAAUUUUGCU